AUGACUCCUUUUGAGACCUUGCUGGUCCUGCUGGCGUCCACGGCGCUGGCGUCCACGGCAGACAGCCGAGAACAAGCCAUUCCCAAGCCCGUGGUGAAAAAUGGCGUGCUUCAGCUGCCCCUUGUGACGAUCCAUCCCGAGCCGGACACGGCUGACGGCAACCUAACGAGGCGUCAAGUCGCAGCGGACUUUGACAUGCGCGACUAUACCGGGCCAAGGGCAGUCGCGGCACUCGGCAUUCCCCUUCAGGUCGGAACACCGCCGCAGACGGUCUUCGUGGAACCAGAUACGGGGUCCUCUCCGUUCUGGGUUCCCAAUCUCCCGCCGGGCCUGAGCCGUGAAGGACCGCUGCCUGUGUAUUUUGACCUGGCAGCCAGCAAGACUAGUCGGGAUCUACACAGGCCGGAGAAGAUGAGCUAUGCGGGUGAAAAGGCUUAUACGCAGCUCUUCAUGGAUGAGGUUGCUAUUGCAGGCCGCUCACUGGGCAUGUUCCGAAUGGGGGUGGCCAACGUCAGCCAGUCCAAUCUGGGCCGUAUCGUUGGCACGCUGGGCCUCCUCCCCCCAAGUGCUCCGGAAUGGGCCGACUCCUUCAUUCUCAAAAGGCUCGUCGACCGGAAAAUCACCCAGAGCCAGGCGUUCGGUGCCGGCAUCCGCAACAGGGGCCGGGGCUCGCUCACCCUCGGCGGCUACGACACGGCAAAGUUCUCCGGCCGACUCGAAAAGUUCCCCAUUGUCCCGAACAAAAACGACAACUACGUCAUGAAGAUGCAGACCGUCACUCUCUCGACCGGUGGCGGGAAGCAGACGACCGUGCUGGACACGAGCCUCACCGACGGGAAGCCGGUGACCAUUGGGCUGGAUACCGGGGCCCCCGUCGUCGUGUUCGCCUACGAGAUUUUCAAGGCGGUCGCCCAGAACCUGGGUGCCGGGCUGGAAAAGGGUCUCGUGACGCUGCCUUGCGACCUGGUCGACUCCAAGGGCUCGCUGGACUUGAGGAUGAGCGACAGCACCACCAUCUCCCUUCCUCUGGCUGACCUGCUGGUGGGACGGCUCGACGACGGCAAGCGGUGCAUGAUGGCUAUUCAGCCAUACCUCAACUCAAGACUCCCUUCCCAUGUGUGGCUGGGCACUCACUUCCUCCGGAGAUCCUUUGUCGUCUACGACCCCAUCGACAGGAACAUCUACAUUGCCGCUGCUGCCGACUGCGGCUCUAACCUUGUUGCCAUCAACGGUGCCAUGCCGGACGAUGUCACGGGAGAUUGUGCCCCCGAAGCUCAAGAGAUUGACCCGCCGACGGACAAGGUCCAAAGCGAGCUCCUUGGGCUCACAGAGGAAGAGAUCGCGGCGUAUCUUGAUCCUCGGAUUGACGAUGCGGCGGACGGAAAAGCUUGA